AGUAGGAAUAGGUAGAUACAUGGAUAAUUAUAUGGAUAAUAAUUUUAUAAUCAUGAUAGGAGGAAGACUUUUCUAUCAUUUUAAGAUUCUAAUUCAUAGGAGUGUGGUAUCUAUUAAAAAUUUGAAAGUAAGUAUGGAAGUGUUACCUAAGAAAAUACUGUUUAUUCCAAUACAGCAAUAACCAGCAAUAAUCAGUAUUCUCCCCUCAGUCCAUAGUCCUCAUUAUAUUCCAGUUGUUGACACGUUUUCAUAAAUCUCCUGCCCAAUAUUGUUGCGUUUAAAAAGUGCCCAAAGCCACAGAGAACCACCAUGAGGAGACCAAGAUCCACUAGCAAUUUCUUCCCUAGAAACUGAGAUGCCUCUUGCCCACAGCCUACCUCAUCCCAAAUGAGCCCCUCCUCAGUCUAUGGAGGCUUGGGCCCCAGUAUUGUCUCUUGUCCUGGCAACCAGUGAUUCUGCCAUGGUCGCCUGCAAGGAACGAAUGUGCAAGGCAGACCGCCCUUUGUAAGUAAUGAAGCCCUCUUACCACAUGUUGCUGCACAAACUUCCCCUCCUGACAGUCAAAAUACGAGGAAAUUUACCUCUUUCUAGUUCUUUCAAAUCAGAGGCACAGCUGUUUCAUAAAUCAUUUCUUGGGGAUGUGGAGAAGAGAAUUAUUUUUCUUCCAAAAUCGUGGGGAGGAGCUCCUUUCUGACCCGAGUACUGGUAUAAUUCUCAAGGCAGUAAGGGAGGGUGUCAAAAUGCCAAUGAGGUACAUGCCUGGUUUCUUGCUCUACUCCUAAAUGAACUUCAACAGUGUCCCAAAAUAUACCUUACUUUUCCUAGUUUUCCUAGCUACCCAAAAGUUUUAUGGUGUGUUGAAGACCCUAGAUAGGUAGAUAGGUAGGUAGGUAGGUAGGUAGGUAGAUAGAUAGAUAGAUAGACCGACAGACAGAUUUCUUCAUGAUGGAGUUCAGGUAGGUUUCACCAUUUUGGAAAUUCAUAACAAUUCUUUGGUAUCUACACAUUGCCAUAUAAUUAUCUAUUGUGGCCCUAUAUUUUUAUUUCAGAGAUUUCACUUAAUGCUGUCUACCUUCACUUCUUCAUUUCUGAUUUUAGUUAGUCUUCUCUAUCAUUCCGACUUGACAUUAUAUAGGUCUGAUAAUUUUGGGCGACUGCUCUGAACAUCAACUUUUCCCAUUAUUGAGUUUUCUAUGUUUGCUAUAGCCUCUAUUCUCCAUUUCUAUUUUAGCUUUAAAUUUCCUUUUUUUCUGCUAAUUUUGAGCCCCAAGGGUCCUUUUCCUGAUUUUCCAAGAUAUAAGAAAGUGAUUUGUACUACAGCAAGAUAUGUUACGGAACUGUCUAUUAAGCUAUGUGGUUAGUUCCUAUGUACAAGUUUGUGUGUCCAUGGAAGACUGAAGUCCUGGUGAUUUCUUCUCAGCUAUCUCUCUGAUGUUCGCUAAUUGAUUUUAAGGUUAUUUAUGAGAAGUAGUCAGUACAUUCAUCUGAUAGUAGUACCUAGAAUGAUUUUACUUUCUAUUAUUUGAUCUCUUUCAGCUAUAUUUUCACAUGGCACCCAGACAUUCCUGCCAAAGCCAUGCCUAGAAGCUUCUUUCCAAAACUUGCCAAUGAGUAGCUAUAAACAUAGUUCCCUUGAGAAUGGACAUCUAAUGACAGACUGCAACAAGAAUGGGGAGAAUGAAAGCCAUCAAAGACAUCUGGGGACUCCUUUUCCAGAGAACGAUUAUGAAUGUAAUAAAUAUGAGGAAGUCUUUUAUCAAAGCACCAAAUUUAUUACACACAAGAAUAUCCCUACAGGAGAGAAGCCUUACAAAUAUAAUGAAUGUGGGAAAAUUCUUAACCAGUCCUCCAAUGUUGGUGAUGAUCAGAGGAUUCAUGAGGGAGAAAACCAUGACAGAGGUAAUAAACCAGGGAACAUGUUUAGUAAUUCAUUAAAGCUAAAUGCACAUAAGACCGUUGGUACUGGAGUGGAAAGGUAUAUAGGUAACGAAUGUGUCAAAGCCCUUGACCUCCAGCAAAUGCAUACUGGACAGAAACCUUACAAAUGUGAAGACUAUGUCAAAACCCUUAAAUUGUGCUCAGCUAUUACUCAACAUGAGGUAACUCAUACUGGAGAGAGACCUUACCAAUGUAAAGAAUGUGGCAAGGCCUUUAAUCGAUCCUCAACCCUUAAUGAGCAUCGCAAAACCCACAGUGGAGAGAAACCUUACCAAUGUAAAGAAUGUGGCAAGGCCUUUCAAAGGUAUUCCUACCUUACAAAACAUCGCAAAAUUCAUACUGCAGAGAAACCUCACCAAUGUAAAGAAUGUGGCAAGACUUUUAACCAAUCCUCAUACCUUACUAAACAUCACAGAAUCCAUACUGGAGAGAAACCUUACCAAUGUAAAGAAUGUGGCAAGGCCUUUCGAAGGUACUCAAACCUUACACAACAUCGCAAAAUUCAUACUAGAGACAAACCUUACCAAUGUAAAAAAUGUGGCAAGGCCUAUGUCAAAUCCUCAGACCUUACUAAACAUCAUAGAAUUCAUACUGGUGAGAGACCUUACCAAUGUCAAGAAUGUGGCAAGGCCUAUGUCCAAUCCUCAGACCUUGCUAAACAUCAUAGAAUUCAUACUGAAGAGAGACCUUAUGAAUGUAAAGAAUGUGGCAAGGCCUUUCAAAGAUACUCAUACCUUAGAAAACAUCGCAAAAUUCAUACUGGAGAGAGACCUUACCAAUGUCAAGAAUGUGGCAAGGCCUAUGUCACAUCCUCAGACCUUACUAAACAUCACAGAAUUCAUACUGGAGAGAGACCUUACCAAUGUAAAGAAUGUGGCAAGGCCUAUAUCACAUCCUCAAACCUUACUAAACAUCACAGAAUUCAUACUGGAGAGAGACCUUACGAAUGUAAAGAAUGUGGCAAGGCCUUUCAAAGGUACUCAUGCCUUACACAACAUCGCAAACUUCAUACUGGAGAGAGACCUUACCAAUGUAAAGAAUGUGGCAAGGCCUUUAAUCGAUCCUCAACCCUUAAUGAGCAUCGCAAAACCCACAGUGGAGAGAAACCUUACCAAUGUAAAGACUGUGGCAAGGCCUUUCAAAGGUACUCAUGCCUUACACAACAUCGCAAACUUCAUACUGGAGAGAGACCUUACCAAUGUAAAGAAUGUGGGAAGGCCUUUACCCACUACUCAAACCUUACUGCACAUCACAAAAUCCAUACUGGAGAGAAACCUUACCAAUGUAAAGAAUUCGGCAAGUCCUUUCAAGGCCACUCACACCUUACAUGACAUUGCAGAAUUCAUACUGCAGACAAAUCUUGCCAAUGUAAUGAAUGUGGCAAGGCCUUUAACCAGCAUGCAUCCCUGACUCAACAUCACAGGAUUCACACUGGAGAGAAACCUCACCAAUGUAAAGAAUGUGGCAAGGCCUUUACCCACCGCUCAAACCUUACUAAACAUCACAGAAUCCAUACUGGAGAGAAACCUUACCAAUGUAAAGAAUGUGGCAAGGCCUUUAGGCACCUCUCAACCCUGACUGAACAUCACAGAACUCAUGCUGGAGAUGAACCUUACCAAUACAAAGAAUGUGAGACAAGCUUUCAUCACU